AAUGGUUACGUAGCGAGUUUAAAUUCCUUACGACCUGAAAAAUUAGCAUGAAAAAUUGCGUCACGUAGAAAAGCCUUUGAAAUCUGUUGUGUUAUGAGCCUCAAAUGGUUACGUAGCGAGUCAUUAAAUUCCUUACGACCUGAAAAAUUGCGUCACGUAGAAAAGCCUUUGAAUUCUGUUGUGUUAUGAGCCUCAAAUGGUUACGUAACGAGUCAUUAAAUUCCUUACGACCUGAAAAAUUGCGUCACGUAGAAAAGCCUUUGAAUUCUGUUGUGUUACGAGCUUCAAAUGGUUACGUAGCGACUUAUUAAAUUAGUUACGACAGGAGAAAUUAGCAUGGAGAAUUGCGUCAUGUAGAAAAGGCUUAGAAUGCUGUUGUGUUAUAAGCCUCAAAUGGUUACGUAGCGACUUGUUGAAUUUCUUACGACGGGAAAAACUAACAUCUACGUAGUGUGAAGAAUUGCGUCACGUAGAAAAAAAAUGCUCUGAAUUCUGUUGUGUUAUAAGCCUCAUUAAAUUUCUAGCAUCUAACAAAUGAUUACGUAGAGGAACAUAUCAAAUUCAUCUAGUGCUUGUCGAAUCGCUACGUAGGAGACUCGACUUAAUGUAUUUUUACCUCAGAAUCUACUUGAAUUUAGCGUGUACGUAAAGAAUUGGGAUCGCAGUGGAUUAGGAGGUAUCUGAAUAAUUUGAAAGGAACAGAGAUUGAGGAAUAGAGAAACAGACUUGUGGAUGAACGUAAAAGAUAGAGAUUGAAUAACUGAAAUGAAUUGAGAUUGUGACGGAGAUUGAGGCUUAGAGAAACAGACUUGUGGAUGAACGUAACAGAUUGAGAUCGAAACGUAGGUGAACACACUCUUGAAUAACUGAAAUGAAUUGAGAUUGUGACGGAGAUUGAGGCUUAGAGAAACAGACUUGUGGAUGAACAUAACAGGUUGAGAUUGAAACGUCGGUAACCACACUUUUGAAUAACUGAAAUUGAGAUUGAGACGAAUUUAAGACAUUUGUGAAUAGCCUUAACUGAGACGAACAUAGAAUGAUUCAUAACAGGCAUUCAUAAGCGACAGAACAGGAACAGAAAUUAAUUGAGAUUGAGGUGAAUUUAAGACAUUUGUGAAUAGCCAUAACCUAGACGAACAUAAAAUGAGGUCGUAACAGGCAUUCAUAAGCGACGGAACAGGAACCUUACGUAGCGUCGGAACAGCAUUGUCACAGAUUAACAAGUUUCAAGAGUUAGCGCCCGGAGGAUACGAAGAUCCCGUGACGAAACCGUGCAAAACUAGAACAUGUCCGUACGUAAUCUGUUUCAGUGGCACGAUUACGAGUUUUAUUAUCACGAGUAUGUCAUGGAGUUGGCGUUUACGUAGUGGGGGUGUUAAAGAUGAGCAUAAUGGUGAGGGAAGGACGUAAGGGAUAGUGAAGAGGUGUGUGCGCAUGUGUGUGUGUGUGUGUGUGUGUGUGCGCAGUUUACUUAAGGGAAGGGACAUGAUUUAAAGAUUGUGUGUGUGUAUGUAUGUAUGGAAAGGAAGGACAUAAUAUGGGGAACUGUGUGUGUGUGUGUGUGUGUGUGUGUGUGUGUGUGUGUGUGUGUUCAAGUUUCCAUCACGGUAAAUGUUUAAGUUGAUAAUGUAUAGAAAAAAAAAUGUUGAUAUUCUUCUCUUUUUCCAUUAUUAUUAUUAUUAUUAUCAUUAUUAUUAUUAUUACUAUUACUAUUAUUUUUACCAUCAUUAUUACUGUCUUGCCGUCGAACGUAACAAGAUCAGGAACGUCACUUUAAGGAGUCACACUUACUUACGUUGUCUAUAGGAACGCAAGUGAGACCGAGACAUGCAUGGAGGGUUCGGCUGCCUCGGCUAGUGUUUACAUUUGUGUUGGUUGGGUUUCCGUUCGGCUGUGUUGCGUUCGAGUUUGUGUUUGUCGAGGAGGCGGCGGCGCUCGGGAACACUUGUUUCGGCAUCUCUCGUCGGUGGUGUUAUGUCGUAGUGAGAUCUGUGUGUGUGAUGUUGGUUGUUUAUGAAGGUAUGAUUGAAUACACCAGUCAGUCAGUCAGUCAGUCAGUCACACACAUGAGGUUUUUAGUAAUACAUGAAAACAGUAUUGUAUAGCUCAGUCAGGAAAUCAAUCCGUCAAUAAGUCAGUCACUCAGUUCAUCAGUCAAUCAGUCAGGAAGUCAGUUAGUCGAACACACAUGAGAUUUUUAGUGUUAUAUGGAAACAAUAUAACAUCACUCAGUCAGGAAGUUAGUCAGUCAGUCAGUUCAUCAGUCAGUUAGUCAGUCCGUCACACAAAUGAGGUUUUUAGUAUGACAUGAAAACAAUAUUAUAUCAGUCAGCCAGUUAGUCAGUCAGUCAGUCAGUCAGUCAGUCAGUCAGUCAGUCGAACACACAAGGUUUUUAGUAUUACAUGAAAAGGAAAUCAAUGUCAGUCAUUUAGUCAGACCAUCAAUCAGUCAGUCAGUCAGCCAGUCUCCCUCACUUCUGUAUUUCUAAUUUCUUCCUUAAGUAGCAGAGGAGUAAAGAAAGCGUAAGUAAGGAGAGAGAGAGAGAGAAAGGAAGGAAGAACCAGACAGUAAAGAAAGAGAGAAAGAAAAGAAAGAAAAUACAAAUAAAAUCCAGAUGAACACCAGAGAUAAAUGCCGAAAAAAUGCCCUCCUCCAAAAAUGUCCCCCCUCCAAAAAAUGUCCCUCCCCCCCAAAUAAAAAUGUCCGUGUGCCGUCGCCUUCCGAGGGAUUACGAGGCGAUCUAUUCCACUUAUUUAUUGACCUAACUUAUCCACUCAAAAAAAAAAAAAAAAAAAAAAAAAUGAGUGCAUGAAUUUAAAGGAGAGAAAGUACGAGGGAUGGUGAUGAUAUUUUUUGAUAAGUUUGCAUGGAGUCGUCUGAUCAUUAUUAUUAUUAUUAUUAUUAUUAUUAUUAUUAUUAUUAUUAUUAUUAUUAUUAUUAUUAUUAUCAUUAUUUAUUCCCUAGUAUUAACAUUGAUAACCUCGGUGAUGUUUUUUAUUAUUUUUCAUUCGUAAAACUUCAUUCUACACAAUUUUUUUUUUUUGGGUACGAAUUAGCGCAGUUACGUAUAAGGUAAUGUCGCACUUAUUCAUGUACGUAAUAGGGUCUUAGAUUUUUUUUGAGUUAAGUUUUAUUCAUUUAUAUUUACCAAUCCUUAGCUGUCCGUAGCUCAAAGUUCUGUGUAGCACUUAAGAAGAAGCCGAGAAAAGGUCUUGAAAAACAAUAAAUGGGAAAGAUUGA